GGGCGGCGUCGGCGCUCGCGUCUCCACCUUGCCAAGAAGACGCUGGACGCUGCUUGCUUUGUAGCGGGGAAAAUCUGAGCUCCUCCGCCGCUCAGGAUGGGGAAGGAUUAUUAUUCUAUCCUGGGGAUCGAGAAAGGGGCUUCUGACGAGGAUAUCAAAAAGGCUUACAGGAAACAAGCCCUGAAAUGGCAUCCGGACAAGAACAAAUCUCCCCACGCAGAAGAAAAAUUCAAGGAGGUUGCAGAAGCUUACGAAGUGCUGAGUGAUCCCAAAAAGAGAGACAUUUAUGAUCAGUUUGGGGAGGAAGGUCUGAAAGGAGGAGCUGGAGGAUCCGAUGGACAGGGCGGUACCUUCCGCUACUCCUUCCACGGCGACCCCCACGCCACGUUUGCGGCUUUCUUCGGUGGCACAAACCCCUUCGAGAUCUUCUUCGGGAGGAGGAUGCCCGGUGGCAGAGACACCGAAGACAUGGAGGUGGACGGUGACCCCUUCGGAUCCUUCACCACCUUCAGCAUGAACGGCUUCCCGAGGGAAAGGAACACAGUUGGCAGCCAGGUCCGCCGGAAACAGGAUCCGCCCGUGAUCCACGAACUCAAAGUGUCCCUGGAGGAGAUUUACCACGGCUGCACCAAGAGGAUGAGGAUCUCCCGCAAGAGGCUCAACCCCGACGGCAGAAGUGUCCGAACAGAGGACAAAAUCCUCACCAUCGAGAUCAAAAGAGGGUGGAAAGAAGGCACCAAAAUCACCUUCCCCAAAGAAGGCGACGAAACCCCCAACACGAUUCCCGCCGAUAUUGUUUUUAUCAUUAAGGAUAAACCUCACUCUCAUUUCAAGAGAGAUGGAUCAAACAUUGUCUAUCCUGUUAAGAUCAGUUUAAGGGAGGCUCUGUGUGGCAGCUCGUUCAACGUGCCCACGAUAGAAGGAAGAACCAUCCCCAUGACGGUAAACGAAGUGGUAAAGCCCGGCAUGAGGAGGAGGAUUAUAGGCUAUGGUUUGCCAUUCCCCAAAAAUCCUGACCAACGUGGAGACUUAAUUAUAGAGUUUGAAGUCGUUUUCCCAGAUAACAUUUCUCCAGCCUCAAAAGAAGUGCUUAGGCGAAAUCUUCCCGUUUCGUAAAAAAUGCAGGACUGUGUUUGUCAACAGAUUAAAAAUAGGACACUGGAAAUGCAGAAGACUGGCAAGUCUGUGCUUUAAAAGUGCAAUCUGUAACAACUA